AUGCAGUUGACUAUUCUGGACUUUGUUGCUCUCGUCAUCUACAUCUUUACUUUUCUGCUGGGCCUUCCUGCCAACCUGCUUGUCCUCUUUGUGUACAUGCGCAAGGCUCGUAAACAUGGUGCCACACCCAAUGUGGUCUACGCCCUGAACUUGUGUCUGGCCAACUUGGGGCUGUUAGUCUGGCUGCCAGUCAAGGCUCUGGAGACCUUGCUUCAGGACUGGAGGCUGCCUGCUCCUGUGUGCCCCGUUUACAGCUUCUUCCUCUACUCGUCCCUGUACGGCAGCUGUCUGUUCAUCACCGCCGUGACAGUGGGCCGAUAUGUGAGCAUCGCAUUCCCAAUUAUCUACAAGAGAUGGCGCUGUGCUCGCAACACCUGCAUCAUUAGUGCUGUCUUGUGGCUGCUGGUGCUGCUACACCUCAGUCCUGCCCUGGUGGCUGAAGGAGGGGCUUUUUUCGUUUCCACUGGUAACAACACCUCAGCUUGCUACGAAGUCUUCAGUGAGUCCCAGCUGGCCGUGCUGCUGCCGCUCCGCCUGGAGAUGGCCAUCGUCCUCUUUCUUUUGCCUCUGAUUUUGACAACUUUUUGUACAAUGCGCUGUGUCACCCUGGUGUGGCGCUCAAAAUUGUCCCCUAUGGGAAAAAGAAGAGUUCUGGUGAUUGCACUGUCCACGCUGGUCGUGUUUGUGGUUUGCUAUGCACCCUACAAUGCCUCCCACAUCGUGGGGUUUGUGACGGAUAAAAAUGUGUCCUGGAGGACGUACGCUCUGCUGACGAGCACCUGUAACGUUUUCCUGGACCCUGUGGUCAUGCUGAUGUUUUCUCCAGACGCAUCGAGGGGCGUCCUGGGAAGAAUCUGCGGGCGGCAGAGCCAGUUCAGCCACAGGGGGGGGUCUCGGUAUCAGUGUAAACCCGUCAGUGGACCUGCAGAAGUUAGAGCGCCAACUGUCCCAUCUGAGGGAAGCAAAGCUGGGGCCAAAGACAUGACCAAAGGGUGUCAGGAGUGA